GGUGCACGCACAGACCGUCUGACAAUGGGGCAAGUACCGACCGGCCUUAAAAUCCGGAACCGGAGAGCCUGUUCGUUGACCAUGUAUCACGCCUUGAGCGGCAUCUGCUCAAUGCAGCUCAGUGCUAAUCUCAGUGCUAAGCUACCCCGUUUGACAAGCUGAUAACAGGCAUGCACGAUAUGCAAGGCAUGAUGAUAAGGAGCGCGCAAUCCAUCGUUCUCAUAGUUGUUCUGAAUCGUCAGCAUCAGCUUUUACGCAGUUCGUAUAUACGUAGAUAUAGUAUCUUAUCCAGAGCGUUUUUAAGGCGACUUUUGAUACACCCGCUGUAUAACAGUAAGGUUCUCUCAGAUGACCACUUGCAUCAUCUGAGCAAGCACCACACGGUCCCUAGGCGGUUUUUCGCAAGCUUUCCCAAAGACUGAUUGCGGACUGCGGUUCAGCUGCGGGGUCUAACAAUGUCGAGUACUUCAAGGAGCGUGUCUCAGACAGUCCAGUACUCAGGCUUCGAAGCCUUUCAGACACAUCCACUCACUCAUGAUAGAACCCACAGGCAUAACUUCAAAAACUUCCGAUCGUUCCGGUGCAUUGAAGGAGCAUGCCAGGCAAGAGCGAGAGCCCAUCGUUCCGCGCUUGAUCGUGUACGGAGAUAUACCAACUACCACGGAUACCACCUUCCGAACUUCAGAAGGUGAUCCUUUGAAUCAUUACCUGAUCGACACACCAGACAGCAGGCUGCGUAGUUCGUUGCUAAAGCAAAAAUGGAGGCGAUUUCGAGUGAAUGCGAUGUGGGUUGACUUUACCCGGAAACAAACUGCUUGGGUCAUUCAAGAUGGAAAAGGUUUUGUUGGGAUGUCCGAUCCCACUAGGCGUCGCACUGUCCUCGAUCGUAUCCUCGAUCCCCUUUUUCGAAAGAUACAAGAGAGUCAAGUCCUGUUCUACUCAAAAGAGCAAAAUAACCGUUUGAAAGAAAUCCAAGGGAAAUUGCGUCCAUUAAUCAAGCGACUCAUUGGAGACAAACAGAAAGACAUGUUCAAUCUUGAUGUUCUAGGCGUCGACCCCGAUUUCCAGGGUCGUGGGUACGGCAGUGCGCUUGUUGAAGUAGUGACAAGUAUGGCUGAUGCACAUGGACGCGAUACAUGGCUUGUUUCGAGCAAUGUGGAGGCGAACACGGGCUUCUACAAUCGCCUUGGGUUUUUCACGAUCGGAGAGAUUACCCUCGGUGAGCAUAACCCGACAUGGGACGAACCUCCCGUGGUCGUUGCUGUUAUGAAACGUGAAGCUAAUUGGAAGCCAUCCUUUGAGGACGAGAAAUUGAGCAAUAUGUAAUGUAUUCUAGGUUUCGUAACUCUGUCAUUAGUUGCUUGAUUCUUCAGUGUAUCAGCACGGUAUCGGUUAGUGCUUGUGGAUGCUGUUAUGACCCUC